AUGUCUACCCCGGACUGGCAGGACAUAGUGGCACGCAAGCGAGAGCAGCGUGCCUCACUCAUCCCUCAACAAUGGCUGAUUAAGAAAUCGUCGGGGGACAAUCCUCUCAAAUCCCUGUUGGACAGUGGCCUUUUGACCCCCGAGGAACUGGACCUCACCGACGUCAGCAAGCAUGACGCCGUCGAAACGCUCAGCCUCGUCGCUUCUGGGAGCAUAACCGCCGAGAAGCUUGUCACCUCCUUCUGCAAGCGGGCCGCUGCAGCCGACAGCUUGACCAACUUCAUCACCGAGGUCAACUUUGAGCAGGCUAUCCGCCGUGCCAAAGAGCUCGACAAGCAUCUGUUAGAGACCGGCCGCCUCGUCGGGCCCCUACACGGUCUGCCCCUCACGGUCAAGGACCACAUGGACCUCGAGGGGCACGAUUCGUCUGCCGGCAUCGCAGCGUAUUGCUUUGAUCCCGCAAAGUCAAAUUCGCGCCUCGUCCAGAUCAUGAUCGAGGCCGGCGCGGUUGUGGUAGCAAAGACCAACGUGCCGCAGACUUGCCUCGCAGCCGACACGAUCAACGUCGUGUUUGGCAGGACCCUCAAUGCCCACAACAGCGGCUUCGGAGCCGGUGGCUCUUCCGGCGGCGAGGGCUCUGCUCUUGCUAUGGGAGCAUCCCUCCUCGGGCUGGGCUCUGACGGCGCCGGGUCAGCUAGAAUGCCGGCUAUGGCCAACGGCGUGGUUGGUUACCGACCCAGCGGAUAUCGUCUCCCCGCCGACGGUAGGUCUAUCCUCGACCCGGGCAUGAUGGGAAUCACAGAGCUCGGCCCCGUGGCGACAUUCGGCUUGAUGGGUCACUCGGUUAGAGAUAUCCGGCUCGCGUCCAAGAUUGUCAGCGAUGCCAGGCCGUGGGAGUACGACCCCUUCUUGUACCCAUCGCCAUGGCUGGGCAUAGCAGCUCCAACGAGACCUCGCAUCGGAGUAUGGGCCCCUGGCACCCCCAAUAACUAUUGCCACCUCUUCCCUCCUGUGUUGCGAGGCUAUCUGGCAGCGCAGGAGCGUCUACGCCAGGCUGAAUAUGAACUCGUCGAGUUCACUCCACCAGACAUGAGCGAGGUUUGGGAUCUCUGCAAAGCUUUUAUUCACGUCCAAGGUAUUACUGCCCUGACCAGAGAGAUUUCCAAGGAGCCCAUAAUGAAGAUUGUGGAAAAGACCGGCACUCUAGGGUCUGAGUGGGCCAGCAAGAUGAUCACCCUCGAGGACGUCCACUUGCUCAACCAGAAGCUCGCGCUGCUUAACAUUCAGAUGAAAGCAGCGUGGAACGCAAGCGGCCAGCCCCUCGAUGCCCUGCUCUGGGUCACUGCCGCGAACCCGGCUCUGCCUAUCGACGAAUGGACGGACACGACGUUCACGGCUGUGUUCAACGCGGUAGACUGGCCGGCCGUCUCGCUGCCACUGGGCUUGAAGUGUGACCAAGACAUUGAUGCCCCUUAUGUGGACUUCAAGCCAUUCAGUGCCGAGGACGCGCGACUGCAGGCUCUGUAUAAGCCUAGGAGGUUUCAUGGGCUGCCUUUAUCAGUGCAGCUAGCAGGGCAAAGAUUUGAGGAUGAGAAGCUUCUUGCUAUUGCAGAGCUUAUUAUUAAUGAGAUAAGACACGAGUAG